CACAAACUGAAAAAAAACAAUACUAUUGUAAUUAAUAUACUAUAAUUUCAAAAUGUCUACUACUUCAACAACUUCUGAACUAUUUGACGGUGCUAUUGGAAUUGAUUUGGGAACAACCUAUUCCUGUGUUGGUGUUUACAUGAAUGAUACUAUUGAAAUUGUUCCAAAUGAUCAAGGUAAUAGAACAACUCCUUCCUAUGUUGCAUUCACAGAUCAAGAGAGAUUGAUUGGUGAUUCUGCAAAGAAUCAAGUGGCAAUGAACCCACACAAUACUGUAUUCGAUGCUAAACGUUUAAUUGGUAGAAAGUUUUCAGAGGAAACUGUUCAAGAUGAUAUGAAACAUUGGCCAUUCAAAGUUGUCUCUGAAACAGGUGAUGAUAAACCUAAAAUUCAAGUCGAAUUCAAAGGUGAAAUUCACACAUUCACUCCAGAACAAAUCUCAGCCAUGGUUCUAACCAAAAUGAAAGACAUUGCUGAACAAUAUUUGGGUAAAACUGUAAAGAAGGCAGUCAUCACAGUUCCUGCCUAUUUCAAUGACUCUCAAAGACAAUCCACCAAAGAUAGUGGAACCAUUGCUGGUUUAGAUGUUUUGAGAAUUGUUAAUGAACCAACAGCUGCUGCUAUUGCCUAUGGUUUAAAUAAGAAAGGUGAAAGAACUGUUUUGAUAUUCGAUUUGGGUGGUGGUACAUUUGAUGUUUCAAUUCUUGACAUUGAUGAUGGUGAAUUAUUUGAAGUGAAAGCAACAGCAGGUGAUACCCAUUUAGGAGGUGAAGAUUUUGAUAAUUUGAUGGUCGAAUUCUGUUGUGAAGAAUUCAAGAGAAAGUUCAAGAAGAAUGUUAAGGAAAAUCCAAGAGCAUUAAGAAGAUUGAGAACUGCAUGUGAAAGAGCAAAGAGAAAUUUAUCUGCAGCAUCGAAUGCUUCCAUUAACGUGGAUGCCAUUAUGGAUGGAUUGGAUAUGGACAUUGUCAUGACACGUGCCAAAUUUGAACAAUUGAAUUUGGAAUUGUUCAAGAAAUGUUUCGAACCUGUCAAGAAGGUAAUUCAAGAUUCUGGUUAUGACAAGUCACAAAUUGAUGACAUUGUUUUGGUUGGUGGUUCAACUCGUAUUCCAAAAGUUCAAGAUAUGCUCAAAGACUUCUUCAAUGGUAAAGAACUUUGCAAGUCAAUCAAUCCAGAUGAAGCAGUUGCUUAUGGAGCUGCUGUUCAAGGUGCUGUGUUGACAGGAAAGGAAAAGAAAGUUCUAUUGGUUGAUGUUGCUCCAUUGUCAUUGGGAAUUGAAACUGCUGGUGGAGUAAUGACUAAAUUGAUUGAUAGAAAUUCAAAGAUUCCAUGUAAGAAAACCAUGCAAUUUUCUACCUAUGCUGAUAAUCAGACAGCUGUCACUAUUCAAGUGUAUGAAGGUGAAAGACCAUUGACAAAGGAUAAUCACUUAUUGGGUAAAUUCAAUUUGGAAGGAAUUCCACCUGCUAAAAGAGGUGUUCCAGUAAUUGAUGUGACAUUUAAUGUUGACACUAAUAGUAUCAUGACAGUUUCUGCUCAAUGUUCUGGUAAGACUGAAUCUUUAACUAUUAACAAUGAAAAAGGAAGAUUAUCCGAUGAAGAAAUCAAAGAAAUGUUAAAACAAGCUCAAGAAAUGGAAGCUCAAGAUAAAAUUGCAAAGGAAAAGAUUGAUGCAAAGAAUUCAUUGGAAAAUUAUGUCUUCUCCAUCAAAUCUACCAUGGAAGAUCCUAACUAUUCAACAAAGAUCUCACAAGAUGAUAAGAGUAAGGUCAACUCUGCAUGUAAUGAGAUUCAAUCAUGGUUAGAUAAUAUGAAUAAUGUAUUGAGUUGUUCAUUGGAAGAAAUUGAACAAAAGAAGCAACAAUUAGAAAGAAUUUGUUCUCCAAUUAUGGCUAACAUUCAUUCUCCUCAAUCUGCUGCUUCCUCUGAUUCAUUUCAAUCAGAACCAACAGAAACAAAAGCUCCAACUUUUAAUGAUCUUGACGUUGAAUAAUUUGAUUUCUUAUCAGUUCAAUAUCAAAAUUUUGUUAAAAAGACGAACAAUAUAUAUUUAAAUUAUAUUAUAUUAAUAAAUAAAUUGUACAAUUAAU